CAUCAGGGGUGCAAGGUUAGCCAUCACUGUCCUAGGCCAUAUAAUUGUGGGUACAAAACACUCACCACAAAGCUAUUAAAGCUGAACUGAAUAAAAUUAAAAAUAGAGAUGGUGAGAGGCAAAACCUCAGUAUACAAGUGGGGACCUCAUCUUCUGUUACGUAUCCCUAUCUUAUUAUUUUUGUUCACCUCCCCCUCUCUCAUUGUCUUGAACAGAGCACUGGGCAUGUAAAUAAGGCACUAACUUUUAAAUACAGGGCAGCUGGCAACUCUGUGGUUUCUGGGUGCUACAGUAAUAAAUAGGGGUUUUAUGAAAAGCUUUGUUAGCACCCACACGUUUUAAGGCUUAGAACCAGCCUGAAUAAAUGUGUAAAGCAAAUGUAUUUGUUUACAUGGGCAGGCUAAAGAAGCCCUGCAAGUUCUACAUCAUUAUUACAUGUACGUCUUUCAUUUCUGAUCCUAACUGUAUUUAACUCCCACAAAUAUAUAGGUGAAGUCCACCUCAGUAGUCACCUGCAGUGAUAAAGAUGGAGGACUUGUGCUGAGGACUUGUGCUUCCGCUUCUCCUGAUUGGCUCAUUGGUGGAUUCCUGUGCAGGAGCUGUGAUGUCUUGCCCAAGUGAACUUUAAAAGAUUCAAAAAUGGCGCUAGUGUCUGCAGACUCCCGGAUAUCUGAACUGCUGAGUGAGUUGCAUCAGCUUAUCAAGCAGACACAGGAGGAGCGCUCGCGAAGUGAACACAACUUGGUAAAUAUACAGAAAACCCACGAGCGGAUGCAGACGGAGAACAAGAUCUCUCCAUAUUACCGCACCAAGCUCCGGGGUCUUUACACCACUGCAAAGGCAGAUGCUGAGGCAGAGUGCAACAUUUUGCGAAGGUCCCUUGAUAAAAUAGCUGAGAUCAAGGCCCUGCUGGAGGAGCGACGCAUUGCUGCCAAGAUUGCUGGGCUUUAUCAUGACUCUGAGCCCCCUAGAAAGACCAUGAGACGGGGAGUACUGAUGACUCUCUUGCAGCAGUCGGCUAUGACCCUGCCCUUGUGGAUAGGAAAACCUGGGGAAAAACCACCCCCUCUCUGUGGCGCAAUCCCGGCAUCCAGUGACUAUGUCGCCAAACCAGGAGAUAAAGUUGCUGCACGUGUUAAAGCUGUUGAUGGUGACGAGCAGUGGAUACUGGCUGAAGUAGUAAGCUACAGCCAUGCAGCAAACAAGUACGAAGUGGAUGAUAUUGAUGAAGAAGGCAAAGAGCGUCACACCCUUAGUCGUCGUAGGAUCAUUCCUUUGCCUCAAUGGAAAGCCAAUCCUGAAACUGACCCCGAGGCCCUCUUUCAAAAAGACCAACUGGUCCUCGCUCUGUAUCCUCAGACGACCUGCUUCUACCGCGCUCUGAUCCACACACCGCCACAACGGCCUCAGGAUGAUUACUCUGUGCUGUUUGAGGACACAUCUUAUGCGGACGGUUAUUCUCCCCCUUUAAAUGUGGCCCAGAGAUAUGUGGUCGCCUGCAAGGAACCCAAGAAGAAAUGAAAGGUGCCAUGAACAGGAAAAUAUCAAAGCCAGAAACUGUCAUGAACCUGCUUUGCACCUCGUGUGGUUAUUAACCUUCCAGACAAACCUAGUCUGCUGCUGCUGCUGCUGCUGCAUAGGGUUAAUAGUAAUUUAACCCCCUGGCUGCCAGUGCACAAUGUGUCAUCACCCGUCUCAGGCAGCCGGCACGUUAGAUAUGUUGCUAAUUUGCAGGUGUUUGUGUUGGAUCUGAAUUACCAUACCGUAAACGGCUGCUGGAAUCGCCUUUAUUUGCCAGAUUUGGACAGAAUGGUAAAAUGGUGGACAUAACUUUGUGUAACAUCCCCUUGAGGGGUUUUGUUAAAUAUUUUUUUUUAUCUCGUAUUAAGUUUACGUCGUGUUUACACCCACCCUAAACAAACAAGUGCUGGGACAUUCAUUGUACUUCACUGGACUGACACUUGGAACUGGAGUUAUUAAAAUCUUUAUUUUACACUU